GUUAGGUCCAUGGCGGAUGCGGGAGAAAACGAACUCUCUUUCCUUCAACAAAUUGGAGAUGUAUUAAAAAGCAUUGACAAAGAAUCUCAUGAUGUUGUCAACCAAAAGAUGACAGAACUGAAAAUAAAGCUGGAAAAGGCUAGAGAAUUUGUGGAUAAAAUGCCAGGAAUUCAGUGCAGCAAAACAGAGCAACUUAAACAAAUAGAUGUUCUUAGAAAUCAACUUACAAUCAAGACAGCUUUACUUGAAAAAUACAAGAAUUCUGACCAAUUUGACCUGAAUCGUUAA